AGGCCCUGCUCAGCGUCACAGACCUCGGUGGCAACAGCAACACCUUGCAUCCUUCUGACCUACGAGGAGAAGCUGCGGCCUGGAUGGUGAGCCGAAUGGGCUGGGGGGGGAGCAGGGGGCGGCUGGGGCGGUGGGGAGAUCUGGGGCCCAGGUCAGUGCCUCUCCUCCCUAUGCCGCUGCUGCCUCCUCCUCCUUCGUGUCGGGGUCCCCAGGGAGGAAGGAUGCCCAUCUUCUCUCUGUCCCAUGCCCCUCACACAAGAAGCUCCCCCUCAUCCUUUAGCCCAUCUGCGCCAGGGCCCCCCUGCGCGGUACUGCAGGGCACGGGGGCUUCUCAGCCUCGCCACAGUGCCCUCCCCACCCCAGCCACACCCCCAGCACAGGCACAGCCUGCAAUGAAACCCACCCCUGCUACCCCCUCCUGGGGCUCGCACUCCACUCCAUCCCUGGCCUUGGUCACUGCCCCGCCCUCGCGUCGGUGCCCCCAGGACCACCCUGGGCUGCGGAUAGGCCCCCUGAUUCCAGAGCAGGAUUAUGAACGGCUGGAAGACUGUGAUCCCGAGGGGCCCCAGGACUCCCCCCUGCACGGGGAGGAGCAGCAACCCCUGCUUCACGUGUCUGAAGGGCUCCGUGGCUCCUGGCAUCACAUCCAGAACCUGGACAGCUUCUUCACCAAGAUCUACAGCUACCACCAGCGGAAUGGCUUUCUCUGUAUCCUGCUGGAGGAUGUCUUCCAGCUGGGACAAUUCAUUUUCAUUGUCACCUUCACAACCUUCCUUCUUCGCUGCGUGGAUUACAAUAUUCUCUUCGCCAACCAGCCAAGCAACCAUACCAGAGCUCAUAGCAAAGUGACUUUGUCCGAUGCCAUCCUGCCCUCGGCUCAGUGUGCUGAGAGGAUCCACUCCAGCCCCCUGCUGCUCUUUCUCCUGGUCCUGGCUGCCGGUUUCUGGCUGUUCCAGCUGCUGCGUUCAGUCUGCAACCUCUUCAGCUACUGGGACAUCCAAGUAUUUUACAGGGAGGCCCUGCACAUCCCCCCGGAGGAGCUCAGCUCGGUGCCCUGGGCCGAGGUGCAGUCCCGCCUGCUAGCACUACAGCGAAGCGGAGGGCUGUGCGUGCAGCCGCGUCCGCUGACGGAGUUGGAUGUCCAUCACCGCAUUCUGCGUUACACCAACUACCAGGUGGCGCUGGCCAACAAGGGCUUGCUGCCCGCCCGUUGCCCGCUGCCCUGGGGUGGCAGCGCGGCCUUCCUCAGCCGUGGCCUGGCACUCAACGUCGACCUGCUCCUCUUCCGAGGGCCCUUCUCGCUCUUCCGCGGGGGCUGGGAACUGCCGGACGCCUACAAACGCAGUGACCAGAGGAGCGCCCUGGCCGCGCGCUGGGGGCGCACGGUGCUGCUGCUGGCCGCCGUGAAUCUGGCGCUGAGCCCGCUGGUGCUGGCCUGGCAGGUGCUGCACGCCUUCUACAGCCACGUGGAGCUGUUGAGGCGCGAGCCUGGCGCUUUCGGGGCGCGUCGCUGGUCCCGCUUGGCCCGCCUGCAGCUGCGCCACUUUAACGAGCUGCCUCACGAACUGCGCGCGCGCCUGGCCCGCGCCUACAGCCCGGCCGCCGCCUUCCUGCGCGCCGCCGCGGCCCCAGCCCCUCUGCGCGCCCUGCUGGCCCGCCAGCUAGUUUUCUUCGCUGGCGCGCUCUUCGCCGCGUUGCUGGUGCUGACGGUCUACGACGAGGAUGUGCUCGCCGUGGAGCAUGUGCUCACUGCCAUGACCGCGCUCGGGGUCACUGCUACCGUGGCUAGGUCUUUUAUUCCUGAGGAGCAGUGCCAGGGGCGUUCCCCGCAGCUCCUGCUGCAGGCGGCUCUGGCCCACAUGCACUACCUUCCCGAGGAGCCCGGCGCUGGCGGCAGAGCCAGUGCGUACCGGCAGAUGGCGCAGCUCCUGCAGUACCGAGCGGUCUCUCUUCUGGAGGAGCUCCUGUCCCCUUUGUUCACCCCGCUGUUUCUGCUCUUCUGGUUCCGCCCUCGUGCCUUGGAGAUUAUUGACUUUUUCCACCACUUCACUGUGGAUGUGGCCGGCGUCGGGGAUAUCUGUUCCUUUGCCCUCAUGGAUGUGAAGCGCCAUGGCCAUCCUCAGUGGCUCUCGGAGGGACAGACAGAGGCCUCACUGUCUCAGCGUGCAGAGGAUGGCAAGACUGAGCUCUCACUGAUGCGGUUCUCCCUGGCACACCCGCAAUGGCGCCCCCCAGGGCACAGCUCUAAGUUCCUGGGGCACCUUCGAGGCCGGGUGCAGCAAGAUGCAGCUGCCUGGGGCACCAGCUCAGCUCGGAGCCCCCCUACCCCGGGAGGGCUCAGCAGCUGCACCUCACCACUGCCUGAGGCUUUCCUGGCCAACCUCCUGGUGCACCCCCUCCUGCCCCCGAGGGACUUGAGCCCCACAACCCCCUGUCCGGCUGCAGCCACAGCCAGCCUCCUGGCCUCCAUUUCCCGCAUCGCCCAGGACCCCAGCUGUGUGUCUCCAGGGGGCACAGGGGGCCAGAAGGUGGCCCAGCUCCCGGAGCUGGCUUCUGCUGAAAUGAGCCUCCAUGCCAUCUACCUGCACCAGCUUCAUCAGCAGCUACAACAGGAGCUGUGGGGAGAGGCUGAAGGCUCCUCCCCAUCCAGGCCCUGGUCCAGUCCCUCCCAGCCAGCCUCGCCAGAUGAGGAGAAGCCAUCCUGGUCCAGUGAUGGCUCCAGUCCUGCGAGCAGCCCCAGACAGCAGUGGGGAGCCCAGAGGGCCAGGAGGCUGUUUCCUGAAGGGUUUCACGAGACCAUGGAUACCCCGAAGGAGCCUGGUCAGAGCCCUGGUAGCGAAUGAGAGGGCGUCUCAGGUUCCCUGGUUUCUCCAGCCACAAGAGAUUGAGAUCGCAUGGGGUGGCACAGAAGGACACCUCACGCCAUCGUGAAGAGGGCAGGAGGACACAUCUAGCUGUCUUUGGGGAUUCCCCAUCUCAUGCUUAUGAGGGGUCCGGGAUGCUUUCUUUGUGAAGGAACUGGGGGUCAGUGAGGAACUUGCCGCAGAGAUCAGAGAAAGGACAGGAGUGAGGAACCCCAUGGUGUCCUGAAGUUUCAGAGACAGUUCCUAUAGAGGUGCCCUACCCGUUCCACUCUGGGGACUGGCGGUCCUGGAAUGGAACCAGGAAGAAGUCCCUGGGUAUCCUCCGUGGGGAGGGGGCAGAGGCCAAAGUCACUGGAAGAGAAACAGGUACGGGAUCUAAAAGGCACUGGACCUUGGCUGCUGCUGCUCCCUCGGGGUCCCCAGGGGCAUGGGGCGGGGUACUGGGGACUUGGGAGUACAAAGCUGCUGUUUCUGGACUCCAGCACGUGUUGAGGUCUGAGGAAGUGGGUGCGGCUCCUCUUCCCACAUGGAAGAGGACUCGCAUCUGUGUUGCACAUCUGUGCGCCCUGCUGUCCCCCUGGCGGCGCUGGAAGGUCACUCCAGUUUUCCCAGUCAAGAGCCAGGGAACAACACUGGCAGCUGCCGUGUUUUCCAGAGCACUGGGUCACGUGGAGGACGAAGCGCUCCUCCUCAGGGAAUCACCACGCCCGCAUCAGAUCAAGUGAAAACACAAAAUGGGUCAUUUUAUCAUCGU